AGUGACGUCACGCUUUGCAAAACACAGCUGUUUUAAGUAGUACGGAAAUUUUAAAGUUAUAUAAAUAUUAAUUACUAAUGGAUUCAUCGUAUUACAAGUACUGUAUAGUGCCCCAAUGUACAAGCACAAGUAUCAAAACGCCAAACAAGUUAUUUAUAUACGUACCAAACAAUCAGCAGAUGCGUAAAAAGUGGCUGACACUCGCAAGAAAAUAUAAUGCCCAUUGUUUAUCAACAAAAUCAAGGAUGUAUUUUUGUGAAGAUCAUUUCAAUCUACCAAACGAUAUGCUUAAUUAUACCGAGUAUCAUAUCAUGGGGAAGGUAUCACAAGUCCGCAUGAAACCUGGCUGCAUUCCAAGUAAAUUCGCAUGUCAAGAAGAUAGACGGAAGCGAACAUGCAGCAGCACUGAACAAUCAUAUGUAUUAAAAAAACAAAGAAUGACCAUAAUAGCGGAGUCUCUGAAAGAACAAGAGGAAAGUUGUACACCAAGUUCUUCAUACAAUGCUAUUCCUCACACAAGUUCAGGUAUUUAUAAGAAUAACAUUAAUACUAACAAUAAACUAUUAUGUAGAACAUUCGGCGUUUACGUGAAUUUUAUAGGUAUGCUUAAACCACAUGCUUGUGGAUUGACCUCUUGUUUCUUCCUCUACUUUUGUGAUUAAACUCUUGGUUAUUUGAAUUUUUUUCAAAAAAUCUUCAACAUUUUUUUCUUUAAAUUUAAAUAUUAAUUGAUGCUUUGAAGCAGCCUGUGUUUCUCUAGGACAGUAUGUGGGUUGGUAUUUCAAAAUUUCACAGGUUGGUAUUUCAAAAUUUCACAGUCUUCUAUUUUUCUUUUCCUUGCUUCAUCCAAAAACAGGUUUAACUCUUUAGCAGUCAAGUA